UGCGUAACAUAAGAGAUAAGGGAUUUUGGUAAAGGCACCAUGAAAAUCGAUUAUAUAUAUCGAAGACGUGCACCACGCAUGCUAAUCAACAGACGCAAAUAAACACUUAUAUAACUCCUGUUCUUCUUCAAAAUCGUGAGAUCAAACCAGCUCCUGCAUCUUUUCAAUAAUCAUCCAAUUAUAAUUAAGGGAGAAAUAUGAAGAAGAUGGUGGUGGUGAUGAUGAUCAUGAUGGUAAUGGUGAUGGUGAGUGAAGCGAGUAUGAUAGAGCAGACAUGCAAAGAGACACCAGAUUUCAAUCUCUGCGUCUCUCUCCUCGAUUCCGACCCACGUGGCUCCUCUGCCGACACCUCUGGCCUCGCUCUUAUCCUCGUCGAUAAAAUCAAGGGGUUGGCGACGAAGACCUUGAAAGAAAUCAACAGUCUAUAUAAAAAGAGACCGGAACUGAAACAGGCUUUAGACGAAUGUAGUCGAAGAUACAAAACGAUCUUAAAGGCUGAUGUUCCCGAAGCCAUUGAAGCUAUAUCUAAAGGCGUUCCAAAGUUCGGUGAAGACGGUGUGAUCGAUGCUGGUGUGGAAGCUGCUGUAUGUGAAGGAGAAUUUAAAGGGAAAUCUCCGUUGACUAGUUUGACCAAAUCAAUGCAAAAAGUCUCUAAUGUGACUAGAGCCAUUGUGAGAAUGUUGCUUUGAUUUUAUCUUUUAUGUUCAUACAAGCAAUGUGGUAUGGGUGUUUGAUGGGAUCUUAUCCUUCGUGUGAAUAAAACUUUUGUUGGGGUAAAAAUCGGUCACGACGGAAUCAA